AUGGGCCCCCGGGGGCUCCUCCUGGGCGUCCUGGGGCUGCUGGCUCUGGGGGCCGGGGGGCAGCCGGGGCCGCUGCCCGAGGACGCGGCGCAGGAGCACGGCUACUACCUGCAGCAGCUCUUCGGGCAGUACGGGGCCAACGGGACGCUGCCCUUCGAGGGGCUGGCGCGGCUGCUGGGCAGCCUGGGGCUGGGCCGGGUGCAGGUGGUGCAGAUCCAGCACGAGGAGCUGGGCCACGGCCACGUCAGCCACCUCGACCUGCUGGAGGUGCAGGAGGAGAAGCACCGGCACCGGCACCCUGUCUGGGAGCACGGCGGGGACCCGGCACCCAGCGCCCCGCCACCCACCCGCCCGCCCAGCCCCCGGCCCUCCCGGACAAAAAGCUGGACGAAGCCGGCGCCCGCCGAGCCCCCGGGUGCUGGGGCCACCCCCGGGAGCCACGGGGCCCCCCCGCCGCCGCGGCGGGACCAGCCCGGCCUGAGCCUGCUGGGGAGGGUGCUGGGCUUGGAGCACUCCAGCGCCGACCACCCGCACGACGAUUGCCUCAAUGUCACCCAGCUGCUGGUGAAUUUUGGGCUGGACUCGGUGUCCCAGCUGACGCCGGAGCAGUUCACCCUCCUCUGCCCGGCCCUGCUCUACCAGAUCGACAGCCGCGUCUGCAUCCAGCACAGCGAUGAGGUGACGCUGCCUCCCCCGGGGGGGGCCCUGUGGCCAGCGCUGGGCUGGGGGCUCCUGGCCGUCACCUUCGUCAGCCUGCCUUCCGCCCUGGCCGUCGUCCUCAUCCCGCUGCUGAGCCGCGGUUUCUUCCGCUCGCUGCUGGCCUUCUUGGUGGCACUGGCUGUGGGGACGCUCUGCGGGGACGCCCUGCUCCACCUCUGGCCCCACGCCCAGGGGAGGCACCAGGAGACACCGGCGGAGCCGGGGGCCGCGGUGCUGCAGGGGCUGGCGGUGCUGGGGGGCAUCUACCUGCUCUUCCUGGUGGAGCUGCUCCUGGGGAUGCUGCGGCGGAGCCGGGAGGCCACGGGACGCCCCCCCGGAGAGACCCCCGAUGUGGCCGCGGGGGUCCUGGCACCGUCACGAGGAGGGGCUGAGCUGCGACACCUGACGGCACCGGAGCCAGAGCUGGAGCUUAAGCCCCACGGACACCCCCACGGACACUCCCACGGACACUCCCACGGCCCCGCGCUGCCCCCCAGCCCCGGGGCCACUGACAUUGUCUGGAUGGUGGUGCUGGGGGACGGGAUCCACAACCUGACAGACGGGCUGGCCAUCGGUGCCGCCUUCUCCCACAGCCUCUCCAGCGGCCUCAGCACGGCGCUGGCCGUGCUCUGCCAUGAGCUGCCCCAUGAGCUGGGCGACCUGGCGGUGCUGCUGCGGGCGGGCACGGCCCCCCGCACCAUCCUGCUCCUCAACCUGCUCUCGGCACUGCUCUCCUGCCUGGGGGCGGCGGCGGGGGCGGCCGUGGGGCAGAGCGCGUCCCACCUCACCCCCUGGAUCCUCACCGCCACCGCCGGCGUCUUCCUCUACGUGGCCCUGGCCGACAUGCUCCCCGAGGCGCUGCGGGGCGCAGAGGGCCCCGGUGAGGGCACCUGGGGCCGCUUCCUCCUGCAGAACGUGGGGUUCCUGCUGGGCAGCGCCAUCAUGUUGGGCAUCGCCCUCGCCGAGGGGCACGUCCGCGCCUGGCUGCAGCCCUGA